AUGCUUCGGAUUUCGACGAACCUUAAAGUUCGAGAAAAGGAGUCCACUUGUUGCGAUCCAGCUUGCAGCGAUCUAAUGGCUGUCCAUGGAAGCGAAGAAAUGCUCCGCUUUGAGUUUACCCAGUAUCAACGCACCGAGGUCGAGAAAAAGGCGAUGGCUCCCACGGAUCGAAGUCAGAAGCACAGUUUCCUCUGGACUGGCUUAAUGGAGAUCGCUGAUCUGAGCAUGCUUGUCGGUCGUGCUCGUUAUCAUGGACUUCUAGUGGUGGCUUGGACAACCUAUGAUUCGAUUGAGGCUCUGCGAUUGAGGCUCGGCCGA